AACAUUUAAUUGUGUAGGAAUGUCAUGUGAAAUCUCUAAUAAGUGUAAUGCACGUUUCUUUUGUCAUUGAUAGGCUUUACACGUACCUGCGUAUUCCACGUUCUUCUACGGAUGCCCUCCAUUUAUUUAUAACAUACACUGAUUAUUCAUUUAUUCUCCAUUCCUCUGCGCCACCACCUCCAGCACAGUAGGUGUCAGCAUUCACCUCAAACGUUUGUUUGCGGACCACCAUUAUACCAAAGAAGAAGAAGAAGAAGAAGAAGAAGAAGAAGAAGAAGAAGAACUCAGUGCAAACCAAUAAUGUAUAACAUCCUGGAAUGUAAUUCUAUCUAUUGGCCAUUGAGAGCACACCCCAGUAGGAGCAGUCCUCCACAGGAAUGAAUGGAAUUCUACAGUAUUUCAAUUAAUUGUUUCAAGGACAAAAUGACAUCUAUUUAAGUACUUAUUUUGUCAUGUUGGGGACAGUAACAUUAGCUAUCUCUAAAAACGCAUGCAGUCACAUGAGAACGCGCCAUGGCUUCAGUUACCUCAACCAGUCGCUCAACUCGCUCCUCCCGACGAAGCGGCGCCGGCCCGUCCAGCACCAGCCCAACCCGGCUCUCCCGAAGCCAGGAGAAAGAGGAGCUUAGCCACCUGAACGACCGCCUGGCCGCCUACAUAGAGCGGGUCCGCCAGCUGGAGAAUGACAAGUCCUCAAUGCUGCUUCUCCUGGAGGAGAAAGAGGAGUCUACGACCCGGGAGACGGCCAACGUUCGGCGGCUGUACGAGACCGAGUUGGCCGACGCGAGGAAGAGCUUGGACGUGCUGGCUAACGACAGGGCCCGGCUGCAGAUAGAGAUGGGUCAUCUCUCUGAAGAGCAUAGCAACCUACAAGCCAGGAACCAGAAGAAGGAAGCAGAGUGUAACAUGGCCAUGGGUCAGUGGAGGAACUUGGAGGCGGUCCUCAACUCUAAAGACGCAGAGCUGGCCAAUCAACUGGCAGAUAACAGAAGACAGGCGGAUGACGUCACUGACCUACAGGCCCAGGUGGCCAAUUUGGAGUGUGGGCUGGCGGAGACUAAGACCCAGCUGAACUCUGAGAUGUUGAGGAGGGUGGACCUGGAGAACCAGGUGCAGACACUACGGGAACAGCUGGAGUUCCAGAGACACAUUGGCGAACAGGAGGUCAGGGAGAUCCGGAGCAGACAUGAGAGUCGCCUGGUGGAGGUGGAUUCUGGGAGACAGAAAGAAUUUGAGAGUAAGUUGGCUGAGGCCAUGCAGCAGCUACGACAGGAGCACGACGGACAAAUCCAGCAGUAUAAAGAGGAUCUGGAGAAGAAUUUCAAUGCCAAGAGAGAGCUGUGUGUCUCUCAGAGAGAGCUGUGUGUCAGGGAGUCUCUGUGUGUGUCGUGCACACUGUUAGAGCAGGAGUGCAUGAUGACGGAAGAGAAAAGAGGAGUGAGAAAGACUCCAGUGCAGAUUAGGGAGAGCUUUGUCCAGCUGAUCAAGCUGGAGAACGCCCAUCAGACGGCGCUGAAGAGUAGUGACUUUGCCUCGUCCACCAGAGAGGAGCUGUCUGCCACCAAGCUCCGCAUCGAGACCCUCUCCUCACAACUCAAUCACUUCCAAAAACAGAACGGGGCCUUAGAGGGGCGAGUGCGGGAGCUGGAGCGGACCCUGGACCGGGAGCGCGAGGUGUGGCAGCAGCGACUGAGCCACAAGGACGAGGAGAUGUCGGCCAUGCGGGCCCAGAUGCAGAGCCAGCUGGAGGACUACGAGCAGCUGCUGGAUGUCAAGCUGGCCCUGGACAUGGAGAUCAACGCCUACCGCAAGAUGCUGGAGGGAGAGGAGCAGAGACUCCACCUCUCCCCGAGCCCCUCCCAGCAUGGGGCUGUGGCACGCACACACGCACACGGCGCCCGCCGAGUUGUCCGCGGGAAGAAACGUAAGAACGAAGGUGGCACGGGGUCCUCGCCAGCCUACAAGGUCUCGCAGCACGCCAAGGCCCACAGUCACAUGAUGGUGUCGGAGAUAGACCUGAAGGGGAACUACGUCAUGCUGAAGAACAACUCUGAGAAGGAGCAGCCACUAGGGGGCUGGGUGGUGAGGAGCAGUCACCUGGACUCUCCUGAACUGUUCUUCCAGAUCCCCCCUUCCUACAUACUGGCUGGGGGCAACACCCUCACUAUCUGGGGUUCGGAGGCAGGCGUAGAGGCCUCUCCAGGUGACCUGGUCAUGAAGAACCAGAGGAACUGGGGUCCGGUCAACAACGUGAUUGUCACCCUACUGAACCCAGAUGAAGAGGAGACCGCAGAGCUGCGUGUGCAGGAGAGAGGAGAGGACGACUCCGAUGUGGAGGUUGACGAAGAGUUUAUGGAAGGGAGUGAUGUUCACUACCUCAGGAGACAGGCUCCGGGGGGAACAAACGAGAGUUGCUCUGUUAUGUAACUCCACCUUCCCCCUUUCACAAUUCUGAGCUGAGAACAUGCAUCCGACCCGGGAAUUCCCAGGAAUACCACUGGAACGGCUACAAUGACAUCCUAUCCCCUACAUAGUGCGUUACUUUGCCAUGAACCACAGCGUGGGCACUGCACAGGAAAGUGGGUGUCAUUUCACACUGGCCAUGUCACCAAUGGUAUUAUUAAUGUGCCCUGUGGGAGCUUGAUGGUGAUUUGGGAGCACUGCUACACAAAUGUGUGUGAUUUCAAUGCAGAUUUUUCCUAAACUAAUGCAAGAGUUUGGCUGGUUGUAUAGUUGCCUGUACCUGGAAAAAUAGUGGGUAGCCCUUUAAAAUUGCAGAUCUGUUAGUGCUGUCUAGUCAACUCCUAUGGUCAUUUGUCUAAACAGCACAGACAGAUCUGGGACCAGGCUUGUAGUCUUUAAGCAGCGACAUGGCGUUUGUCCUGCUAUUCUGGUGUUCCUAACACAUCUCUCCUCCCGCUUGCUGCGAGUGACAUUCAUAUGCCCCUUACUGUCUUUAAUGCCACAUCAUUCAAUUGUCAAAGUUUUUAAGAAAAUAUGUUUCAUUUGUCAUACAGUAUGAAUAUGCCUUGUGUCCUGACUGUUUAAAAUCCUGUUUGGGAAAAUGACAGAUUGUUCCACUUGUAUGGUGUUACAGUAUGUUAGUACUAUAACUAACUGUAAGAUGAAUGUUUUCUGGUGUUUUUACCCUUUAAACUGCAGCACUUUUUGCCAUUGAGAGAGGAAGUAUGUGGACAGGAUGCUUUUCCUGUGUUUGACAGGUACUUUGGUGGCUUUGCAAUAUUGUUUCUUUAUUUUAUUUCUGAAACUUUAUUUUCUUUCUAUUUAUAAAAACAACUAACUGUAACAUCCUCUGAACGUCCGAUUGACGUCCGUAGAAACUCAAUGUUGGCUUGUCCUUAUGCACCAAAAUACUUAUGAUUUCAAUAAAGAUUUUUCCUUAA